GCAGUUAUGCAGUUGCGCGGCUGUAGUCCCGCAGAGAUGAGCGGACCGUCCACGACUACGCGAAGCUGGAGGAGCCUCAGAGGACGAAGCCAAGGGUGAGACAACUUCGGCUGGCAACUAAAGGAAGCGAACGAGUCGCCGUCAGCCUGACCCUCCUGCAUGAUGGCAGUGGCUGAGACGAGCCUACUCCAAGUUGCUCUAGCCCGCAGCGUACAUGAGUUCUAGUCCGAGGCUCCUUCCCUGUGCUGCUAGUUUGUCUGUAUCUUGUUAAUCCGCCGGGCAUGCCCAAGUCAUCUGUGAAGAGGAGCAAUCAUGUGUGGCCGAACAGCUCCUUCUCCGAGGACAGCUCUGACUCUCUCCCCAGCGUCAGUGAGAAGUGGAAGAGUCCAGCUCGGAGCUCGGACUCGCCCUGGAAGCAUCGCAAGUCCAGCAUGCAGCACAGCAACAUCCUGCCGCCACUGACGGACGGAGGCUUCUUUGCAGUCUUCAACAAAUCACCUCCGUUGCAGCAUGGAGUCCAGCGCAAGUAGAGCAAACAAGAGCAGGGGAGGGCAGGGGGUCUGAGACGUGCCCUAGGUCAGCAUUCAACUUCAACUCGCUCGCUAUCGAGCUGGAGUCGGAGUACCACGAGCUUGACCUGAGAGACACCGGGG